UAUGUUGCCCUACAUUCGCGGCGUGCAUUUUUCGGUUGCACAUGGCAACGGCGCGAGUCAAAACAAAGUAGACGCCGUUGGAGUUGUCAUUUCUCGGUGAGUUUAUUUCCGUCCGCAAUUUUCUGUAGAUGUUAUUGGCUUGAAAGUUUACUUCAACAAAACCAAAAAAUAUGGACGUGGAUGUGGACGAUUUUAUACGGCGAUCAUCGACGAGCUACAACUUCCAGUACAUCAACGUGACCAAUUUGGACCGAAUAAUUCGGAACGUUCAGCGAAAUUCCGAUGCAAAGGUCGAUUUAAAAUCCGUAAAUGAGGUUCCUUCGAUCCCGCAACAAAAUGGAGCCACUCGACUGUUGUCCGAGGACGAGAUCAACGAUAUUUUACGUGCAGCAGAAGAGGAUCUGCAGGAUCAAGGCACCGGAUGCGUUGAAUCAUCGACGGCAGACGAUCAAAAAGAUUUGGAGCUCGAUCGAGAGGAUUGCGAUAGUGAUCAUACCGUGACUUCGGUUCCUUCGCCUGUUUCCUCCAUGUCUUCUAUCAUCAUGGUGAUGUCGUCCAAUGAGUUGAGAGAACGCCACUCAGAUGAAGCGGCCGACAUUGAAGAUAAUUUGAGAUUCGAAGACGACGAGUACACUCUGAACGAAUUCGCGUUCAGUUCCAGUGAAUCCCGUUUACAUAUUGAAGACGAUAGACAAGUUCAAAAUUCGAUAGACACGUGUUUUGAGUUUAUGGAUUCGGAAUCGAUCAUUGAAGAAGUGAUAUUGGAUAAUGACGAAGAACGAGAUGGCGACUCUGAAGGAUCCGUUAAUGUAGCGCCGAUUAUUAGAGUUCGAUCGCCAGUCAAACCGGCAUCGGCAAUGAUAAAGACUUAUGAACAAGAGCGCGAAGAACCCAUCAAUCAGGUAGAACCCGUGUUGGAUUUUGCUGAGAUUGAGCGGAACAAUUCGAAGCGAAAUAAAACGCCAAUGAGACAGAAGAUCCCUUCUUUAGAACGAGUACGACCUCCUUCGAGAAAAUCGCUUGUGGAGGAGUUUGAUACAUUCAUCAAAAUCACUGAAUUGCAGAAGAAAAUUUGUUUUAUGAUCGAUGAUGUACGUCAUUCUCUGGGAAAAGUUGACGAACCUGAAGAUGAACUUGAGUUCAAAAAGCGGGAAAAACGAACAGCGGAAUUCCUCAUUCGGUUUCAACGAAAUUACCUUUAUCAGAUCAAUAGACUAGAAGAAGACGUUUGUGUGUUAUCCAAAAGCUCCUCGGAAUUCGCUCAAAAGGUUUACCAAUUGUACAAAUUGAUAUACCAAGGUCUCAAAUUCUAUUUAAAAAAUAUGAAGUAUUUUGUGAUAAGUGUCAGUCCGGAAAAAUUGUGGUCGCUUGUAAAACAAAUUAUGAGUUCAACAAAGUUGUGUGUGCAAAAAGAAAUCUUCGACGAAGAUGAUUUGAUCGUAGAAGAAAUUUUUGAAAAGUGUCAUCAGCUGAGAAGAAGCCUAAAAGACGAAGCCAACAAGCUAAAGCGUAAAUCCAACCGGGUUCAGUCUUCCAAAUCACAUCCAGUCAAACCAGCCGCCGCCAUGCAAGUUCCAAAACUGUCGAUGUAUGGAACAAAAAAUGCUACACAGAAGCGACGUGUGCCGCAGCGGAAAAGCGCACCCACGCCCACCAAAACUGCCAAAAGUCAUAAAUCGGACUCCCCAAAACCCCCGUCCUCCAAAGAUGUUCUCAAAAAGACACCUCGAGGUCGAAUAAUUGCUGUUCCGAUGACAAAAUCCAGCUCUUCCUCGCUUGGGCAAACAAAGAGCGCAACUCGGGUUCGAUCUGCUGUGCGAACGCCUGCGAAAACAUUAGACGAUGUCGUCACGCUGAUCCAGCAGCAAACGGACCCGUUGGCCGACUCUCGCCUGUUGAAGGAAGUGUCCAGUGCGUUGACGAAGAUGUCCUCCAGCCGAGAUGCAGCUAUAAGCCCGGAAGUGAAUCAGCAGUUGCACCAACUCAUCAUGGAAACCAUCCAGAACAUCACCAAGCAGCAGCUGAAACAGCUGAUCCCUUCCCUCGAGCGUGCUACUGCUGCCAAGUCUAGUAAUCACAAUCACCAAAACGAUCGAGCCGGCACGACCGGAGAGGAACCAUCCGUAGCGACCGAAGUUACGGGUGCAACUGACCAGACCAACCGUGUGGAAAAACGCUUUUCCGACCAGAAACCUAGCUCCGCCGAUCGGAGGAAAAGCAAAGACGACAACGGCAACGGCCACGGAGAUGGGACAGGCAGAGGAAAACGCGCGCAGUGCACCCCGAUCCGUGAUUGCGUGGGCGACAGUCAGAGUAGCGAUUCCGGUAAGAUGGUGACGCCGGCUGCAGUUCCAGCCAUCCCGCCCAAAGGUGUUGAUUUGGAGAUUAGCGGUGGAAAAAUGUUCGCCAAUGAAAUGCAAAAUGAACUAGCGACGAAUAACUACCGCAAGACUGUCGGAAGUAUCGUGUCGUCGGAGACCGUUAGCAGGUUGACCGGAUCCGGGGAGACGCGCAGUGGGCGGCUCGAGGAUCGGAAACGAAGCACGACUGGUGGCGACGCCCGUCAGCAGAAAAUAAACUACUCCCAUAAUUUGCAAUAUCUGGAGAUCGUUUCGCCACCGGAGGACGAACGGGCCGUGCACGCCAAGCCGGGCAGCAUUCCGGAGGUCCAGUCGCACAUGAAUCUGGCCGAAGAGGUGGCCCGGAGGGAACGUUACCAGCGGAGACGGGAGCUGUACGGACAGCUCAAGAAGCAAGUAUGUCGCGAUCGGAUGCGCACACUACGGCGAAUGGCAGAAAACCCUAUCUAUGUGAACGGUCACUUCGAUAAACCUUGGCAGACGGUUUCGCACAUUUCCGAUCAGUUGGUCGACGAGCUAACGGAGGAAACGGUCCGCCAGGGGUUGGAUUUUGGGGAAUCGUCGUUCGUGGAGGAGUUUCUGCGUAUGCAGCUUGAUGGAUGACGGCAGCGGUGAAGGGUGUGCGAGGCCGAUGGUGAUAGAAUGUGGGAGUAUUUAUUUUGGUAGUUGUUUUCUUGUCAUAGGAAUUGUUAAUUGAAUAAAA